UUGUCUCAGGCUCUGACACAAACCUAGUGACGUUUGAUCACAAUAGCUGACGGAGUGAGCGCCCGCGGUGAGAGACAGCGCAGGACUCCACCGCCGUCACGAUGCUUUUUGACAGUUUUGACCUGGUGUCCGCUCUGGCGACUCUGGCGGCGUGCUUGGUGUCAGUGGCUUUGCUGCUGGCAGUCUCCCAGCAGCUGUGGCAGCUGCGCUGGACCGCCACGCGGGACAAGAGCUGCAAGCUGCCCAUGCCGAAGGGCUCCAUGGGAUUCCCCAUCGUCGGAGAGACCUGCCACUGGCUGUUCCAGGGAUCCGGGUUCCACGCGUCACGGAGGCAGAAAUACGGCAACGUCUUCAAGACGCACCUGCUGGGGCGGCCUCUGAUCCGUGUGACGGGUGCGGAGAACGUGAGGAAGGUGCUGAUGGGGGAGCACAGCCUGGUCAGCGUGGAGUGGCCCCAGAGCACCAGCACCCUCCUGGGGCCCAACAGCUUGGCCAACUCCAUCGGGGAGAUCCACCGCAAGAGGAGGAAGGUGUUUGCCAAGGUGUUCAGCCACGAGGCCCUGGAGAGCUACUUGCCCAAGAUCCAGCAGGUGAUCCAGGAGACGCUGCGGGUCUGGAGCAGCAAUCCCGAGCCCAUCAGCGUGUACCGGGAGGCCCAGCGCCUCUCCUUCCACAUGGCCGUACGAGUCCUGCUCGGCUUCAGAGUCUCCGACGAUGAGCUGAGGCACCUUUUCCACACCUUCCAGGACUUUGUGGACAACGUGUUCUCCCUGCCCAUCGACCUGCCCUUCACUGGGUACAGGAAGGGCAUCCGAGCGAGGGACACCCUCCAGAAGGGCAUAGAGAAGGCCAUCCUGGAGAAACAGCACUGCAGUCAGGGGAAGGACUAUGCUGAUGCCCUGGACAUCCUGAUCGAGAGUGGCAAGGAGAACGGCUCGGAACUCAGCAUGCAGGAGCUGAAGGAGUCCACCAUCGAGCUGAUCUUCGCGGCCUUCGCCACCACGGCCAGCGCCAGCACGUCGCUGGUCAUGCAGCUGCUGAAGCACCCCGCCGUGCUGGCCAAGCUGCGCGAGGAGCUGCGCGCCCACGGCAUCCUCCACAACGGCUGCCUGUGCGAGGGGGCGCUGCGGCUCGACAGCAUCUGCGGCCUCAAGUACCUGGACUGCGUGGUCAAGGAGGUGCUGCGGCUCUACACGCCUGUGUCCGGGGGAUACCGCACGGCCAUGCAGACCUUCGAGCUGGACGGCUUCCAGAUCCCCAAGGGCUGGAGCGUGAUGUACAGCAUCAGGGACACGCACGACACGGCCGCCGUCUUCAAGGACGUGGACGCCUUCGACCCCGAGCGCUUCAGCCAGGAGCGCAGCGAGGACAAGGAGGGCCGCUUCCACUACCUGCCCUUCGGGGGCGGGGUGCGGACCUGCCUGGGCAAGCGGCUGGCCACGCUGUUCUUGAAAACGCUGGCCGUCGAGCUGGCCAGCACCAGCCGCUUCGAGCUGGCCACCAGGACUUUCCCGCGCAUCAUCACCGUGCCCGUGCUGCACCCGUCGGACGGCCUGAAGGUCAAGUUCUUCGGCCUGGACUCCAACCAGAACGAGAUCAUGGCCGAGUCGGAUGAGAUUCUCGGCGCCACCGUCUGAGCCAGAGAGCCGGGCUGGCAGGAGGGACUGCGGGGAGGACGUCGGGUGACUGCGUCCACAGCAGAACAAUGCAAGCAACACGACAAAACACAACAAACAGCAACACAACAGACUGGUGCCAACAGCGCGCGCAACCACCGCGGACCACACCACGGACUUUCUUUCUGAGCGACCGAUUUUAUAUGAAGAGACAAUACGAGAAACAACUGCCAAAAAUGUAUAGAUUUCGUUCUCUCUCUUUAAAUCUUUGCAAGAAGCCUCUGACAGGAUUCGUCCAGCCAGGAAAGGGCAGGGGUCACGUGAGCCCCCUCGGGGAAGUAAGACAGCGGGAGGGGAGAGGUGGAACACGAUGAACAAGAGGGAAGGAGGAAAAGGAGGGAUCUAGGAGCUGCUGGGAGGGGAUCAAGGAAUGUAAGGAAUGGGACUGGGAUGGAAAUUGAGUGCUGGGAGAAAGGGGGAGAAAUUUGUAGGGAUGAAAGAGAUAAUGCCUUAAGCAGUCAUAUUCACAGGAGAAUAUGACCUUGCAUUGCUUGCAUGAGGUACCAGGGAGAGCGUGGAGCUUCAUGUGAAACUGUGCGGAGGUUGCUGUUCCAGUUUUGUGCAUAUCUAACAAAGAGCUAGGGAGUCAAAUCGUAGCUUACUAACGUGUAACGUGUGCUUGGUCACGUUAGUGCCUCAUAGAAAUAACUGAGCAGAUAGGACAUCCUGUGUGCUGACAACCCACUUAGAAUUAUAAAUACAGGAGAAAUGAAAGACUGGCAAGUGUUGGGUUUUGCCCAGAACAGCUAUCUGCUGGUAAAAAAAAUAAUAGUGAGGUUGAAAUGUUAAUUCAUUUAGACUGCUUUGUGUGCAGUUAUUGUCCCUUUGUUUUGGUUUUUUUGUGUUCUAAGCAGAAAAAAAAACUUUUAAGUUUAUACAUAACAUUUGCAAAUCCUUUGUUUUUUUUCAUUAAGGGUUAAAGGAGAAUGUGAAGUUUUGCCAGCUGCACAAAAAUCACAUUCUUAGGAGGUGGAAAACUAUCCCCUGGUUAACUGAAAUUCAAGUGUUUUGAGCAAAGAAAUUGAUUAAAGUUAAAACCAAACUGUCCUCCAAUUGAAAAGAGUUGCUUUUCUGUGUAAGAUAUUCCCUUCUCUUUUAACCUUUUCAAAAUACAUUUAGAAUCAUUAUUUCUUGUUGUACCUGCCCGAUUCAGAACAGACAAUGGUGUGAUUUUGUCAUGUCUCGGCUCGCAGCUACAAACACUGUGUCCGCACACGGGGAAGAAUGUGGAGGCGUGGACUCCCACUCCCACCCACUCCUCACAGGAAACACAGACCCUCAUGGCGGCUCAUGGCCGACGGGAGGAGAGGUGCCUCAAGCCACCUGGAGCCCCCUGGAGCCCCAAGGGCUGGCUGUGUCUCUGUGAUCCCGGAGAGCCCUGUCCAAUAAUCCUGUCCUUCCCUCGGGAACUGGAUUAUGAGGCAUUGCCACUUCAGGAAUCCCAGUUAGCGCACUGACAUGACCCAGGCUCGAACCCGUGAUCACAGAGCUCAGGCUGUUCUUGUGGGGGAAGUGUCUUGAACAAUUGAGCCACUCAAUUGAGCCCUGGCCCUUUUCCAUUUCACAAGCACAUUUUGACAGUCCGUGUUCAGACCCUUGGUCAAAUCUGCUGCACGAUACCACUGACAACGCUGUGCCUCUGCUGCACCUUGUACUAUUUUCACUCACAGGACUUUACAAACUGUCAUAAUGGUUUAGCGAGGUGGUGAGAUUCGGAACUCUCUUUGGAAAGCAAGUGUGGUUCUGAGAGCCAAGAGCAAUGGGUGAGAAGAGCCUUCAGGCCCAUUUUAGCGCAUCAUAGGGUAGCAUAUUUGCAGUUUCUCGUUUUUCUAAUAACCUAAUGUUAUUGUUAUAAUUAUUAUAAUUAUUAUUGUAAUAAUAAAUAUUAUUUUUAAGUGCUAUUUUUGUUAUAUUUCAGAAUAGAGAUUUAGUAUAAAUAAAGUUUUGUUGGUAAAUAUUGUUAUAUUUAGUACAAUAAGAAUUUCCAUUAUAUUGUAAACAGUGUUUAAAUGUUAAUAUUGUUUUUUAUUAUUUUUAUUAUUAUCAUCAUCACUGGUGUUGUUUUUACAUUUGGUUAAUAUGGAACAAAAAGAAAAAAAACACAAAAGUGUGAUGUUUGUGAUGUAUGUUAAUAUUUGGUGCCAUGUGACCACAUUCUGUGUUCAGUGGACAGCUGUGUGCGUUUGUCCUUUUGUAUAUAUUUCUUUUUACGAUUCAGCAUUUCACUUAGUUAAAAUAUGAAUGUUGUUUUUGUGUCUUGGUUUAUUUGUCAUCUGUGAUCUUUAAUGUUUUUUGACAAUUUUAUAGACUCCUAUAAUAAAGUAUAAAAAUUCUCAA